AUGUUGUUUUUGUUGUUGUUUACACAGGGUAUACGUCAGGAGGCGGCGGAGCACAACCACACGUUGAAGUGUGCGCGAAAACCAGAGAACAAGUUCAGGAACAGGUACAGGGACGUCAGCCCAUACGAUCACAGCAGGGUACAACUCCAAGAUGGUGAUAACGAUUACAUCAAUGCAAGUCUCGUCGUGGCAGCAGAGGCAAAUAGACAGUACAUUCUCGCACAGGGACCACUUCCGUCCACUAUAGGUCACUUCUGGGAAAUGGUUUGGGAGCAGCGCACAAAAGCUGUCGUCAUGCUCAACAGGGUCAUUGAGAAGGGAACAAUCAAAUGUGCUCAGUACUGGCCUCAAGGUGAGGUCAACGGUCAUUCGGAUGAACUUGAACUGGAGGAGACGGGGUACAAGGUCACACUACUGGAGGAGGACGUCAGACCUUACUUCACCAUCAGGACCUACCUGCUGCAGAGGUUAAAGACCAACGAGAGCAGAAAAGUAUUUCACUUUCACUACACGAGGUGGCCCGACUUUGGUGUCCCAGAAUCCCCGGCAGCCUUUCUGCACUUCCUGUUGGAGGUGCGGGAUUCUGGGUCGCUGGAGGCGGACGUGGGACCCCCAGUGGUGCACUGUAGCGCAGGGAUCGGCAGGUCAGGGGUCUUCUGCUUAGUGGACACCUGUUUAGUACUGCUGGACAAGACGCGGGACCUGAACAGUCUGAACAUCCGUCGGCUGCUGCUGGACAUGAGACAGUACCGGAUGGGUCUGAUCCAGACGCCCGACCAGCUACGCUUCUCGUACCUCGCCGUGAUCGAGGGGGCGCGCACCAUCCUGGGCAUGGCCACCGCACAGGACGACGUCAUCAACACACUCGGGGAGGAGAGCGCAGAUUUACAAGAUGGACACAACCACCUUGUGACGAAGGACGAUGAUGACGGGGAGAACACGAGAGACAAGCCGCCGCCGCUGCCCCCGCGGGACCCGUCCCGCCGCAGCUCCAGACAGCGCGCCCAGCCGCUGGAGUUUGAGUACGAGCCAGAAGAUCCCACAGACACAGAACGGCUCAGGGAGAGACAGAGAGAAGCAGAGUUGAGGAAAAGAAGGCGAGACGAGAGGAUAAGCAGUACGUCGGAGAAGCUGGCUGAGAUGAAGAGAAAACAACGCAAGACGGAGGCGGACAGGGAAAGGCCCCGUGGCUUGACUGCGGACAGAGAGACAGACAACACCUCAGGGUCAAGUUCUGAUUCUGACGCACCGACUCUACCAACAAAACGGACAAAGAAUGACAGCAAACUAUGAACGUUUGCACUACAACAACCCUUUUAUUUC